CUCUGGAUUCAGCCAACGCUACCCAGGAAGGAAACUUCAAAACUCCUUGGACCUGCCCAAUAUAUUAUGUCAGCUGUCAAUGACACCAAAUUCAAAUCUGCAGUGUUCCUUCUCACCGGGAUACCUGGCCAGGAAGACGUCCAUCUCUGGAUCUCUAUCCCCUUCUGCUUAAUGUAUGUUAUUUCAAUAGUAGGAAAUUCACUCAUUCUCUUCAUUAUAAAAACAGAUCCAAGCCUCCAUGAGCCCAUGUACAUUUUCCUUUCCAUGUUGGCCCUCACAGACCUUGGUUUAUCAAUAGCCACCAUACCCACGAUACUGGGCAUAUUCUGGUUUAACUCCAAGUUGAUCAGCCUCAAUGCCUGUUUUGCACAGCUGUUCUUCAUCCACACACUUUCGUUCAUUGAAUCCUCCGUGCUUUUGGUGAUGGCCUUUGACCGCUUUGUUGCGAUCCAUGACCCCCUGAGAUAUGUUUCUAUCUUAACCCUGCCAAGAAUAUCCAAGAUGGGACUGGUGUGUGUGCUAAGAGGGGUGGCCUUAAUAUUCCCACUCCCCUUUCUCCUGAAUCGGUUCCGAUACUGUCGAGCCAAUGUCCUCUCCCAUUCCAACUGCCUGCACCAAGAAGUCAUGAAGAUGGCUUGUUCAGAUAUCACAAUCAACAGCAUCUAUGGCUUGUUCAUAAUAGUCUCCACAGUGGGGUUGGACUCACUGCUCAUCCUCCUAUCUUAUGUGAUGAUCCUCAAAACAGUGCUGAGCAUUGCGUCUCAUGUGGAGCGCGUCAGAGCCCUGAACACCUGUGUCUCCCACUUUUGCGCUGUCCUGCUCUUCUACACACCAAUGAUCGGCCUUUCUGUGUUACACAGAUUUGGGAAGAGCUCUCCUCCCUUGCUUCAGAUUCUCCUGGGCUAUGUCUACCUGCUGGUUCCGCCCCUUAUGAACCCAAUCGUGUACAGCGUGAAAAGCAAACACCUUCGUGCGAGGAUAAUUAGGGUGUUCAUCAAGUGA